AUGUGGAUCCGAGGCGGAACAGAGCAGUUGUUGUCCCAGAGGAUAUAUCGCAUCCGGUCCCAGCUCAUUGGCUCCGCGGGGCUACAUUCACUCACACUCCAGCGCCCGCCAGCGCUCCGAGCCGCUGGAGGCAUUCAAAAGGGCAACCACGCCGCCCCGCGCGUCCCCAGGCCGGUCCUACCGCCCCGGCGCCGUCACGCGGGGUGCCCGCGGGGCCGGGCUGGGCACGGGAAGUACGGUCAAAGCUCCCGAAGAGCACCUGCGAGGGUUAGAGUUCUUGAAACACUGCUAGGAAAACGUGGUGCUAGAUUCCCCGGGUCCGGCUCCAGCCCACAUCCGUUCACAGCUACCCUGGCACUCGCUGCCUUCUCCCAGGCUCUCGUUCUAGAACGUCCCGGCGCGUUCCCGGCCGCGCUAUGCUCUCGGCCUGCCUUCUCCAUGUUUCUCCAGCGCUCUCCCUCGUCAACCGAGGUUUGGAACCAGAGGUGGCAAGGGAAGUGGCACGCGUUAUUUCCGGGCGCUGGCCUACGUUCCCCCCCCCCCGCCCCACGCCACCCCUCCGGCGAGGGUGGACAGGGCUACAUCCGCCUGCUCAGCGGCGCCCGAGGGGGCUGCAGACACUGGACGACCCGGGCUCCCCAGCCCGGGCCGCUCUCCCAACACUGGAGUCUUUCGAGCCUCGGAGGAGCGCAGGCGCCGCUGCGCUCCCAGCCCGUCCGGCCACCAGGGGGCGCCCGCCCGGCGCGGGGCUGGAGCUGCUUUCUUCCCCAGGACUGGACGAGGGCCGGCGGAGUUGCUUUCCAAGAUGUACCCCGGGCCGGCUGUUUCCCAGUGAAUAAAAAGACAUUUAUAAUCGUUAAAUCUUCGAACAUGUGGUACGUGACUGGAUGGAGUUCCUGGAGAGCUGUAUUAACAUGUUUCAGAGUUGAAUUCUGAGACUUCAAAAGAAACACUGACAUUUCCUGGAUCUUCAGCCUGCCAAUCUUGGAUCAGAACUAUACUAUUGGCUCUCUUGGGUCUCCAACUGACUACAGAUCCUGGGACUUGUCAACCUUCAUAAUCAUGUGAG